GGGAGGGGUGAGAAAUGGCGGCAGCGCCGGCGGCUGUGGCCGUCGCUCCCGCGUCCGAGGGUGCGGAGCCCGCCCCGGACCCUCCCGCUGCGGAGCCUCCGGCCCCGCCAGAACCGGGCGCUACCGAUGCCGAGACCGGGGGAGAUGCUGCCCUGGUCGAUGUCACCGCAGCCCUGGAGACAGAGUCCGCCAACGGGAAGGACGCCCUGGAAGCUGCUGGGGACAACUCUGAAGUCUUGGAUGCUCAGGCAGGCUCAGUGGAUGAAGAGAACGGACGACAGCUCGGAGAGAUAGAGCUGCAGUGUGGAAUUUGUACAAAGUGGUUCACAGCAGACACGUUUGGCAUCGACACCACGUCAUGUCUGCCUUUCAUGACCAACUACAGUUUCCAUUGCAAUGUUUGCCAUCACAGCGGGAACACAUAUUUCUUAAGAAAACAAGCAAAUCUCAAGGAAAUGUGCCUCAGUGCUCUGGCCAACUUAACGUGGCAGUCAAGGACACAAGAUGAGCACCCGAAAACAAUGUUCUCAAAAGAUAAGGAUAUUAUCCCAUUUAUUGAUAAAUACUGGGAGUGUAUGACAACACGACAGAGACCUGGGAAAAUGACUUGGCCUAAUAAUAUUGUCAAAACUAUGUGUAAAGAAAGAGAUGUGUUUUUGGUGAAAGAGCAUCCGGACCCAGGGAGUAAAGACCCAGAAGAAGAUUACCCCAAGUUUGGACUUCUAGACCAAGAUCUUGCCAAUAUUGGUCCUGCGUAUGACAACCAGAAACAGAACAACGCAGUAUCCACAAGCGGGAACUUAAAUGGUGGAGCCUCUUUGGGAGGGGGGAUCGCUGCCAGCGGCAGUGGGAAGGGACGGGGAGCGAAGCGCAAGCAGCAGGAUGGAGGGACCACGGGAACAGCCAAGAAAACCAGAAGCGACCCGUUGUUUUCCGCUCAGCGCUUACCACCCCACGGUUAUCCUUUGGAACACCCCUUUAAUAAAGAUGGAUAUCGUUACAUCUUGGCUGAGCCUGACCCCCACGCACCUGACCCAGAAAAAUUGGAGCUAGACUGUUGGGCAGGAAAGCCUAUUCCUGGGGACCUCUACAGAGCCUGCCUGUAUGAACGAGUCCUCCUAGCACUGCACGACCGAGCUCCCCAGUUAAAGAUUUCUGAUGACAGACUGACUGUUAUCGGCGAGAAGGGCUAUUCCAUGGUACGAGCCUCGCAUGGAGUGCGGAAAGGAGCGUGGUACUUUGAAAUAUCCAUGGAUGAGAUGCCUCCAGACACAGCUGCCAGAUUAGGCUGGUCACAGCCAUUAGGGAACCUCCAGGCACCUCUGGGAUACGACAAGUUCAGUUACUCCUGGCGCAGCAAAAAGGGAACAAAGUUUCACCAGUCGAUAGGGAAACACUAUUCAUCUGGCUACGGACAGGGUGAUAUCCUGGGAUUUUACAUCAGUCUUCCAGAAGAUACUGAGACUGCCAAAUCACUGCCUGACACUUACAAAGAUAAGGCUUUGAUCAAAUUCAAAAGCUACUUGUACUUUGAAGAGAAGGACUUUGUGGACAAAGCAGAGAAGAGCCUAAAGCAAGCGCCUGGAAGCCAGAUAAUAUUCUUCAAGAACGGUGCCAGCCAAGGAAUUGCCUUUAAAGACAUCUUUGAAGGAGUUUAUUUUCCAGCUAUUUCUUUGUACAAAGGCUGCACGGUUUCUAUAAACUUUGGGCCGUAUUUCAAGUAUCCACCUAGAGAUAUCACUUACCGUCCAAUGAGUGACAUGGGCUGGGGUGCUGUUGUGGAGCACACGCUGGCAGAUGUGCUCUAUCACGUAGAGACAGAGGUCGAUGGACGGCGCAGUCCACCCUGGGAGCCGUAAACGAAGCAGGCGGCGCAGCGUUAGCCGAGCGGACACGGGGGGAGCCAGUCAAGUGGUUUUUAUUACAGAGGGACGUGCAGCACUCAGAGCAACCAGCCACCGAGCAGACAAGCUGAAGCCAACCCAGCUCUUGCUGGCAGGUGUUCUGUGUAUCUGGUACCUGCUGAAGCCACACUCUACCGCUGUGCUGGAGUCUAAGUGACUGCAGUUCUAGUAUGUAUUGUGCUGCUUGUGGGCAUCUCACCGAGUCUUCAGGAACUCUUACAGUGUAGCUAGCUGAAGCAGCAAGUAUUGUAUUGAGGUCACUUCUCCUGUGCUGUACCUGGGUUGUAACAGUCGUUUGUUCAGUGAGAGCGGGCUGGAGUUGGACCUCCCUGCUGUACACACACACCUGCAGAAGCAGCACUGGCCCUUCUGCUCAGCUCUUUGGGCUGAUUGUAAACAACUGCUUCCAGCCAGGAGGAGGGUGUUGUAACAAGACUACUGCAUGUAAGACUGAAAUUUGGGCUUCUGUCCAAACUAUUUUUUUUUUUCCCCACAAACUGGAAACCAGUUUAAAAAUAAAGGCUUUAACUCUUUUUUUUUUUCUUGUGACUUGUUAUGAAUGAGAUUUAAACUCAAAUUAGCUACACUCGGAGAUUUCUCAAGAUGAAGCUGUGCAAAGCUUUGAAUGAAUAAAUAAUUUGACACUUUG